AACGAGCACGUUGCGAGAAGGACGAGUAAAGGACGAAGAUGGCGGACGUUAAUACAAAUAACGAAGAAAAAACACCAUUAAACGAAGCAGCAGUGGAGCCAGAUUUAGAUACCAAGGCACAAUUUGUAAAUGGGGGAAAAGAACUCGAGCCACACGUCGCCAUAGAAUGUGGAUCGGGUGACGACGUGAGUUUUACGGGAUUGGGAAAGGAGGAGUUGAUGCAGUAUGCCGAUGAUCCUUUCUGGAAAAGGGUACGUCUUAUUCUCCUCAUCGUCUUCUGGGCGGGAUGGAUUGCUAUGCUGGUAGCGGCCAUUGUUAUCAUUGUCCUGGCCCCAAGAUGUCCCUACAGACCUGACCAAAAAUGGUAUGACAAAGAGGUCGUCUACGAAAUCCUUACGGAAUCUUUCCAGGACACCAGUCCCAAGUUAGAAGGCGUGCAGAAGGAAGGGGAUAGAAUUGGAGAUAUUGAUGGUAUUGCAUCUCGGUUGAGCUACCUUAAAGAGGAUGUUGGAAGUAAAGCUCUCUACAUAAACUCAAUGUAUGAAAGUGAUGAUAAUGAACACAUGGCAGUUGUUAACCACAAGAGUUUGGACAGUGUACUAGGAACUAUGGGAGACUUUGACCAGCUCCGCAAAACCACUAAAAAGAUGGAAAUGCGCCUAAUCAUGGACUUCAUUCCUAACCACACGGGUAAAAAACAUGAAUGGUUUGUGAAGAGUCGGAAGAAAGAUGGGAAAUACACAGACUAUUAUGUCUGGGCUCCAUGUGAUCCAAAGGCAGGCACCUAUCAAAACAACUGGAUGAGUGUAAAAGGCAAUAGAUCAUGGACAUAUGAUGACACCAGAAAGGAAUGUUACCUCCAUCAACUGGAGAGCGACAAACCAGAUCUGAAUCUCUGGAAUGCUGACGUCAAGCAAGAACUGGAGGGUAUCCUGCGUUUCUGGCUGGACAAAGGAGUUGAUGGCUUCCAUGUCUUGAAUGCUGAGUAUUUGUACGAGGACCAAAGUCUUGGUGAUGAAAUUCUGAUAUCUGGAAAAGCAGGGACAGCAUAUGAUGACUUCGAGCACAACCAAACUAUGAACCAUCCAGAGAAUCUGAAGCUGCUGACUGCCUGGAAAUCUGUACUUGAAUCCUACAAUACCAAGCCAGGCAGAGAAAAGGCACUCAUUGUCACAGCUAAGGAUGAUUUGAAUACCACAAUGAUGUACUUUGAUGCUGGAGCCACCAUUGUACGAGUCACCCCGUUGUCGGACAGCGGUGCCUCAUUGGCUGAACGUAUUGAGACCAAACUUAAAGACUCCAAUGCUAAGAGAAUUGGAUGGAUGUAUAGCAAUAAAGAUUCCAGUCGUCUUGCAAGUAUAGCCAAUCCUGAACAAGUGAAAGCUUUGUUGACUCUUCAAGCCACCUUGCCUGGUGUUCCCUUUAAUUACUAUGGAAAUGAGAUAGGUAUGACAGACCAUCCAACAUUUGGAGAGCCACAAAAGUACAGAACCCCCAUGCAGUGGAAUUCUGAAGGAACAGGGUUUUCAAAGCAUAGCAAGAAAUGGCUUGAUCAAAAUCCCAACUAUGAGAAUGUCAAUGUUGAGACAGAGAAUGCUAUUGGAGAUGAUUACACCACACUGAAGGUAUAUGGAAGACUAUCAAAACUUCGGGAAAAAGAGUCCUUCCAGUGGGGACUUAUGAAGGUUUUUAGAGAUGGGGAUCUCCUAAUGUUCACCAGAAAGGCCGAGGGAUUUCCUGGGUAUCUAGUGGCCAUCAAUCUUGGAUCCAAGAGGGUAACUGAGUCCUUCCAUGGGGCCACUGGAAUCCCCAAGAAUGUCAAAGUGGUGUUCCAUACCCAUAAGGAUGAUAACACUGCCAUCAAUCUGUCUGAUAACUCCUACAUUCUGGAAGCAAAUCAUGCAAUUGUUUUGGAAUAUGAAUAAAUUUGGUUGUUCUCUUGCAACUUUCAACAAACCUGGAACCAUACAUUUCUUUUAAUAUAUUAUCAAAAUUUUGCAUUGGAAAUUUGUUUUUAAAAUACAUGUUCAUGUAAAGCGCAAAAAUGAAAAUUAUUCGAUUAAAAAUGAUAUAUAGAUGGUCAACUUUCAGGAAAUAAAUAUUUGGCUAUGA